AUGCUCGGGCAUCGGCCCCUGGCAGGGCAGCGCUGCAGCCGUGGCGGGGUCGCUGUGACGCCCGCAAGGCGCCGCAUCGCGCGUGUCGCGCGGGUGCUGAACACCGCGCAGCUUGAUAAGGCCGCCGCGGCGGCCGCCGCAAAGGCCGCUGCGCCCACGGGCACCAGCGGCGGCGGCGCCGAGCUGGACGACAAGUCGAAGCUGAAGGCGGUGCAUGCGAAGAUCACCGCUGCGCGCGAGCUGGCGCGCCGUCUGUCCGAGGAGAAGCAGGCCGUAGUCGCUGCCGGCAAGUCAGAGGACGGCGCGCUGCUGGUGAAGAGCACCGAGCUCGCCGCGGCGGCGGCCGCGGCGCAGGCUGCGCGUGCGGAUGCCGCCGCGCGCAAGCUGACACGUGGGGAGGGCGCGGCGGGCGGGCGGGAGCAACUGACGCGGCUGCGGGCGGAGAACGAUGCACUCAAGGCUCUGCUGCUGGAGAUGGCGGCCGACCGCCGCGCGGCGCAGGAGCGCCUGUCAGACCUGCAGCAGCGCAUUACAUCCCCCGCCGCCGCCGCCGCUGCGGCGGCCGCGGCCCCGGCCGCCGCGCCACCGGCGGCGAGGGGCGAGGAGCUUGUGCGUCUCGCGGAGGCGGCGCGGCGCGCGGGGCAGGGCACGUUCACGUGGCCAGCGGGAGUCGCGGGCGGGCGUGUGGGGACGACCAUCAAGCUAUACUACGACCGCGCACGCGGGCCCCUGUCGCGGGACGCGCGGCCGCGGAUCAAGGCAGGGCUGAACAAGUGGGAGGAGAUCCUGCUGCUGGACAUGCGGCGGGCGGACGUCCUGGUGGGGCUGGACGGGCAGGACUGGUGGGAAGCCGACGUGCAGCUGCCAGAGGAGCUGUUCCAGUUCGACUAUGUCAUCGUGGACGCUGUGACGGGCGGUGUUGACAACAACAAGGCGCAGGACUUCCACCUGCCGCUGAUGGGCGGCCCGACGGAGCAGGAGGUCAUCGACCGCCGCACGGCCGCCUUUGCAGAGUCCGAGCGCAAGCGCCAUGAGAUGCUGCAGGCAGAGGAGGAUCGGCAGUGGGCGCUGGUGGAAGCGGUGGCGAAGGAAGCUGCUGAGAAGGCGCGAGUGGAGUUCAGGGAGCGCCGCGCGAGGGAGCUCCUGGCGGCGGCGACCGAGGCCACCACGCGGCGCCGCGACCCCGCGCUCGCCUCCAUCCCGCGGGCGCCCUCCCAGCCAAACGUGUACGCGUGGGGCGGCGGCGACGGCGCCGUGCGCGCGGGCGAGCGGAUGCUGCUGGCGUACAACUGCGGGAGCGGGAAGCUGGCGCACACCAACAGCGCGAAGCUGCACCUGGGGGUGGACGGCUGGAAGGACAAGCAGAAGACGGUCUUUGACAUGGCCCCCCUGAGCUCCAGUGAGCUCAAGGAGCUGGGGCUGCCGCCCUCAGGCGGCAGCUGGUGCGGCGUGUGGGUCGACGUCCCCCGCAACGCAGAGCUGCUGGACUUUGUCUUCAGCGACAGGGACCAGCGCGCGUGGGACAACAACAACGGCCGCGACUACCACACGGCGGUGGAGGACCCCCUGGAUGCUGAGAACCUGCUGGAGACGGUGCUGGCCGCCAUGACGCGCGAGAGCGAGGACGCUGACCUGGCGGCGGAGGAGCGGGCGGCCACGCGCGCGGCGCGCCGCGUCGAGUCGCGCGCUCGCGUGGCGCGCAAGCGGCGGGAGGCGCAGCAGGAGGUGCUGUUCACGGUGCCGCUCGUGCCCAACGCCGGAGAGACCUGCGAGCUUCACUACAACCCGACCCUCACGCCCCUGCGCGGCCGCCCCGACGUGUUCGUCUCCGGAGGCUUCAACCGCUGGCGCCACCCGCAGCGCUUUGGGCCUGCACUGAUGCAGCCGACGAUGAAGGGCGGGCUGGGCUUUGUCAAGGCCGUCGUGGACGGGCGAUAG